AUGACAGAUCCGAAAAGAAGUUACAACCUGACUGCCCUCAAAUUGUUCGAUUUCCCAUUGUUGGACGAAGACAUCGCCAAAGUCGAGGUCUCGCCGUCGUACGAACGGAUCAGCUGUCGGGCCACCGAUGGAGGUCUCUGGGUCCUCGACUGUCCUUCGGGAGAGUCCAAACUACUGUUCACGAAUGUGGUCGAUUUUUGCUGGCAGAUGAACACAACCUCAGAUACCCUGCUAGUCAUUAAGUCUGUAGGCUCGGAUUUCUGCACGACUCAUCAAUUCGCUUCAGAUUUCUUCACUACCAACACGAAGUAUGCGUCAGAUUCCCAGUUUUUCGUGUUGCACUGCUGCGACCGGUUACUCGUUACGCUCGUGAACGAUUCCACCGUGGUUUGCCAACGAAUCACUCCGGUACUCAUGUACCUCCAGUGGACCCACAAACUCACAGACGAUGCCGUCGCUUACCAUACCCUCAGAGACAGAUAUGUUUUCAUUCUCACGAAAGCGAAUGAGAUCGUGUGCUUCGAUAUUCACGAGGGAUGCCAAGUUGCCUAUUGGAGACUCGGCGAUCUCGUUCAAGAAGAAAUCGUGGACUUCAUGUUCACAGCGGAUCUCAACAAGCUCUACAUUUCGACAGGGAACACUGUCUCCGAAAUAGAAUGUCAGGGUGAAAGUUGGUAUGAUUUCUCGUGUCUCUUAGGGGGUUCUCGUUACCGAAACUUCAAAAGGACCCGCAAAGUGAAGAUGAUCCUGGAAUUCGACUCCAAGCCGACGCUGGGAAUGUAUCGCGGGAAAAAUCUCAUCUGCGCAGGACAGAAACUCGUCCUCUUCGACCGCAGCCCGACAGAGUUCAAUGAGAAAGUAAUCUUCGUCUCGAAUACAAUACGAAUGGAAAACCGCGUGCCUGCAUUCCUUCAGAAGGAUCGUCUGAAAGUUCUGCACCACGGUAUCACAGUCCGCAGUAUUCUGCAACAAGUGCUCGAGGGGAAAGGCUCAUCGACGGCGGAGCAGAUCUGUAAGCUGAACGCGUGGACGAACAUAUCGAUGGAUUUGACGGUGCUGCAGCAAGGAAUCACGAACGAUCACAAUGACAUGAUUCAGUUCUUCUUCAGAACGAAGCUCGAACUGUCACAGUCCGUGAUACGCUCUUCCGUGAGUCACGAAGAACUCCGCGACGAGUUCUCCUCGUGGCAAGCCGUCAUCCAACAGGUCGAAGGGAAAGUUCAAGAUGGUACGAGGAGGGAAUUCGCGGAACGACUCACCAAAGUGAUGGUUUCCUCCAUCGCUCAACUUCUUCACUGGAUAUCGUCGGUGAACACAGAAUCUCCCGUUCAGGAGGAAUUCGUCUCCUAUCUUUGCGAUAAAAUGAACAUGUUCCGCAACUUUUUGUGCCAAGCUUCUUCGGCGGCGAACGACAGCGCCGAAAUCACGGAUCAGGUUUUCAAUCUGAGAUGGGAUAAGAAAUCAGAAGAUGAGGUUAUUCACGACGCGAUUCGCAAAGGCACACUCGAUGAGGUGAGAACGUACCUAGGUCAACGGACGGACGAUAAGGACCUGCACGAAAGAGCGUCUCAAAUCGGGAAGGAUGUAGUACUGGACCAACUUUUGCGGGGCGAGACCGCCGAAGCCUGUAAACUCAUGGAGAGUUUGGGUUGGGACGUCGACGAGAGAUUGAAGUUCUUCUUUCUCUACGUCAAGAAGCAAGAGGACAGAAUCCUCUUGCUCGAGAUCAUCAUCGAGCGUCCGAGUUUCUCGGAAGAUCUCCGGAGCCUUCUCGGCAAGAUGGAAAUCUACCUCCGACACUACACAUGCUCGGGAGCUAAGAGCGUUUUGGAUUCUUCAAAACGAUGGGACGCACUGUCAUCAACGGGUAGUCUCCUAGGCGAUUCGACAACGCACUUGGUCGAGCACCAUAUGAUCACGGAGACGGAAAAAGGAGGUGGAAAUAAAUAUUCCGGUAUGAUUCUCGCGUGGUUGAUGAAGUGGGACGAAGAAACUUUUAACCAUGUCAUCCUACACUCGGGAACCGCUCAAGAAGAAAUGAAGGAGAUGGACACGACAUUCGUUUGGAGACAUCUGCUCAAAUACGCGAAGAUGGCGGAAAUCGACCGGAUUAUCGAUGGCAUCGCCGAAAACACUGGUGAAGUCUACUCGGUAGAUCUGCCGGCCUUGCUCGAAGUCUCAUCGGACAUGCUCGAUGAUCUCGAGGAAGACAAUAUCUUGCCCGACUUAGCGGAAGAUAUCCGCUUGCGCAUGGCUCGCAAAAAUUUACUCUGCGACGCCAUCAUCGAAGAUUUCCCGCGACUUCUGAACACGUUGACCAAAAUCAAAGUAUCGGUGUUCGAUCUCUUCGACGUCGGGGUUUACCUCGACGAGCCGGACUACGUACACAGGAUGAUUCAUUUCUGCCUCGCUAAUGACUUUAUAUAUUUCCUGCACAUCUUCCUCGCCAAGGUCAAUAUCGGUCCUUCGUGCAGUCAGUGCAUGACGCCGAUGCUGAACGCUAUCCUGAAAUAUAAUGUUUGGAGGAAGAAUCCCGAAAUGAUUAUGGAUGCAACCAUGGCUUCCGCCAGAGAGACCUACGGAGCGAAUUCCGCCGAAGAACUAUGGCGCAAGGGGAAAUUGAAACUCGCGGCCGUCAUCAGUACGAUAAAAAAGGAAUGGAGCGUUCCGCCGGGUCUCCUGCCCAAGCUCCCCUUGCCUCUGGCCGGACACAUACAGGAGAAACUCGGCGUUCUCCGAGAUGAUAUCAGCAUGUAUCAGCUGCUCUCCAAGAGCAUCGUUUUCGACCCCACCAAAUUGUUCGGAUUCCAAGAACGAAACACUCUGUACGAAGGGGAGCCUUGCGUGCUCCCACAUUUCAUGGAACCAAAUCUCGUCGACACCUACGGGCUGAAAGAGCCCUUGACCUACAUUUAUUACCUCCUCAAAUAUCGACCGGGAUGUGCCCUCGAGUGUUUUUUCAGGAGCUACAAGAACACUGUCAAGGUAGUUAAGGCAGCCACCAAGCAAGUUAUCCGACUGGCGCUCCAUAUGUUCACGGAUCAGAAAUUCGUCGCUUGUUGUGUCGCCUUCAUCAGAGGUAUCGGACAGGACUCAUCGAGCCUGAGACUGCUGGUCGCCGUAGGUCGCCGCCUGCUACCUCGUUACGCCAAACAAGACCUCGUGGAAAACCUGUGUCAUGUACAUUUCGCCAGUUUGUCCUCGCUUACGGCUAGUCAGAACGCUGCGUACAAAGAGUCAGCUCAAGUUAUGCUCCAAGAUCUGGACCAGGUCAUUCGUGAGGAGUUCGAUGAAGACCAAGGCCGUGUUCCUCUAUUGAGAGCUAACAGUACCGUUCUUCUGCAAAACGAUUUUUGCGUUGUUCAUCACUUGGAGGUGCCUUGCACCAUUCUGGAAUUAUGCACGGAAGCGGACAAUUGGCUCGCUUUCAUUGUCUGGAGUCAGGUCCUGCAGAUAAGCCGACGGCGACUCAUGCCGGUCUUGAAACGAUUCUCGAAUCAAGUGUAUCGGGAGCACCUCGAAAAAGCUUUCUCUCAAGUGAGCUCCCUGAAAGACCCUGCAACCAAAAGCUCAAUGACCCCUGUCAAAAGGGACCUACGGGCUUCGCUCUAUAAUAAAAUUGGAGUUGUGAAGCAUCAACAGAUCAUCGAUAACUUCAAUUAUUCGCCACCUGAUCCAAAGAGAGAUUCGACGUCACAAUCGGAUCCUGAUUCGUUCUCGUGCAUCAGUGACGAGUCCUCGGCGACUGCGACAACCAUUAAUACCCAAGGAUCCGGUGGCGAGCGCUCCUACGCAGCUAACCUAAUCGAUCUCGUCGUAUCGAGUCAUCAGAAGAAAUUUCCAGUGAGCGAGCUCCUCUCGGCGGCAAUCUAUCACUGGAACUCGGCGCCUGCCCUCAUAGCGACCCACUACAACGAAAAAAUUGAGCAGUGCUUCGCGAUCUGGCUCGAAACAACGACAGUUUCAAGUCACACCCGAUACAUUUCUGAGAAGAGCUCGAAUAGUCUCCUUGAAAGCGUCGAGAAUGCCCUCAAGCUACGUCAGCUGCCUUCGCUGAGGCUGGGCUACAUGCUGUUCAUGCCCGAAUCGAUCACACUGCCCCUGGUGCAUUUCGUGCACGGUUUCCAGAUCGACAAGAAUUAUUAUCACGGGGAAGGAUAUUGGAAGAGCUUCCUGGAGAAAUUCCAGAAGGACAAGAGCGAAAUCGAGAUCAUACGUCGAAUUCUCGUCUAUGGGAUCCUCAUCUGCCAGUCGGUAUACGAGCAGCGACUCCUCCUGAAGAAAUUCAAAACUGUGCCGCUAGACAUGAAGCCAGAUUUCACGUUUUUCGCACAAAUUCUCGAGAGUGUGGCCGAGAUCGAUUGGGAAUUGCCGUUCGAAUCGAUGCUAUUGUCCGACGAGCCCGACGAGCUCGAGGAGAUCAUGCGCCGCGAAGCUUCGCGACUCAUCGAGAAUCAACACUACGAAAUUGCGAUCCGUUUUAGCCGAACUGCGAGGCUUUCACUCGACGACGUAAUUUGUGAACUCCUGAACCAUCAACUCGAAUCUAAGACCCACGGAACGCUGCAUCAUGCUUUUUCUGCUCGGGACCGCCAUCUUAUCCGCCGGGGGAUUUCCGCCAAUUUGAUCUCAUCGAUUUCUCGAGAUGAUAGCUCAAGCCUCGGUGAGCCUCAAAUCGAUUCAUCAGUCCGCGAGAACGGGGAAUCUUCAUUAGGCGGAGUCGUGAGACGCAAAAUCUCGGUGUUGUCUGCGCAGAAAAGUCUAGAUCUCUCGGAGCUCAAGGAGAAGUCUUUCUGGGACCGAGCCCACACCCUAUUCAGGAAGCACAAUUUGUCGCCGGCAACUUGUUUCAUGUUUUUCAAGCGGAAGAGUGAACAGGUCGAGAGCGAUCGCGACAAAUUCAUCGCAAUGAGAUACGCUCUACGCUGGAACGACUCUGAGAUGCAUCGAACCCAGUGCUGGCGGUAUCUUCUGAAAUGCAUCGAAAGUGGAGAUCUCGAAGUCCUUGCGGAUGUAGGUUUCGAAGCCGAGGAACUGCUCCUUCUGCGAACUUCUGAAUACCCCCAAGCCAGAAUUGUACUCGAGCGGGAAAGCGAGAAAAAAGCCAUGCAGUUCUUGAUAGACAUGUGCCUGUCGAAAGUAGCCUUCAAAGAAGCCCAGUUCGUUUCAAUCGUCUUCUCGACAACCACCGUAGAGUAUCAAUUGGCCAUGACCAGCGUACAAUUGGCAGAGGGUCUCAUCGUUCCCGAAUCCAUUCCCACGUCAGUCAAGGAUUAUCUCGAUAGUGACUCGACGAAGAAACGACGGAGGGUGCGUCUUUCGAGUUCUGUCAGCUCGAAGUCGUGCAACACGAUCGAAGAAUUGACCUCUGUCGCGGAAGCAUCGCGUUCAAUCUGUCGAAGAGUAUUCCUCCUACACCUGCUCUCCACAUCUCUGCGUCUCGAAUACGAGACCCUGGCGAAAGAAUCCGAUCCUUUGCGAUUGCUCCAGCGUAUCCUGGAAUCUCAGUUGAGCAACAAGUUCCAGAUGGCUAGAGAGCUGAUUGCGGUUUACAAUAUAGAAGAUGCUCUACUCUCCACAUUCAUUUAUCGUGAAGUCAAGAAAGUGCUGCUAUUCAAGAAUGACGAUUCCGAAUUCGAUUUGCCGGGAAAUUUCGAGCAAGUAGUCAGCUUGUGUAAAGACGCGACGAUACUGGGCAAUCGGAUUUUUUACGGUUUGAAGAAAGACGACGACAUUCACAUGGAAACCGACAAGAAAGUUCUAUACAAUGAGGUGGAACUCUGUAUCCUGGCGCACCAGUGCUUCUCGGUCGCUUGCUGCAUGGAAGGAAUCUCACACGUUCUCCGGCAUUGUCACGCACUCGUUCAAUGGCUCAUCAGAUAUGAGAAGUUCGCCCUGAUGAUCCGACUUCUGACCGGAAUCGGGCGAUACAGCGAGAUGUCUUUCAUAUUUGAGGCUCUGGAGGAAUACGACCGCUUUGAGAUGCUCUUUCAACGGGGCAUGGAAAAGGUACCGCAUCUCAAAGUGGCACUCCUAGACUACCUCAAGAAGAAGAAAGCGCCGUCUUAUCUGGAUACCAUGUUCAAGCUGAACUUCACCAUGCACAGAGAAAUCGCUGAGAUGCUCCUGGAGUCGGCCACUGAGAGGGUUUCGAGUAUUACUGUCUCAGAAGAUUCGAUAUGGCCCGCUUCUGCGGAUCUUCGCUCGAUAUCUUCGGCCAUAGAAACGAUUAUAGUGGACUUGGCUGAUGCGGCAGAGGCUUUCGUGAAAGCUGAUUGUCUGCUCCAUGCCUUGGAGUGCACGAAGCGGGCAGAGCUCCUUUCGUUGCAGCUUCAUUUCAUUGAGCGGGGGUCCGAUACCAAAAUCCUCAAACUCAACCAGGAAACAUUCAACGAUUGGAUAAAGAAUCAUCCGGUUUUUUGUGAAGCGCGAUUGGUAGCCGAUGCCUGUCAAUUCAACGUUGCAUGGUAUUCGCCUCUUUUCCUCAACGUUGUCGUCAAAGGCAACAUGAUAUAUCUACGAGAAUUCCAAACCCGAAUGCAAGUCACUCCGGACAUCGUCUCGAAAAUGACGGACUGUUAUUUGAAAUAUCAACGUCCGACGCAAUCGAUGCAAUCCAUAUUCGAAAUGAUACUCGCGGAGAUGCCCGACAUAGAGGCGAGAUACCAUUGUGCCAAGAAACUCGGGUUCAAAAUGUUAGCCAAAUCAGAAACAGACGAAGUUCUCCAAGACCUGAUUAGGGCGUCUCAGUGA